CCUGAAAGCAGCGGAAUGUAAGACGACCACCAACUAGACCAGGCGACUCAUCAAAGAUGCAUUCUGUGGACGAAGGCGACAGCCAGCUGUCUGAGGACCUAAGGGCCUCUGACAGCCGGGCACACAUUACCGUCCCGGUGGCAUUCGAGCGGUCGAGGAGAGUCUUCCACCAGAGGGCCACUUUCCAAGCCUUCGCUGCUGGUAUUUCAUCGCUGGAGGAGAUAGCCCCGCUGCUGACGAGCCUCCGGGACGACGAGCGAUUGGCCGAUGUGCGGGGGUACUUUCUCGCCUUCCGGGUGAGGGCAAAGCUGUUGCACGAUGAGGGAAACAACGCUCGAGACACCCCAGGUAUUGCUCACGGGAUGAAAUGUACACUGAACAGUGACACAAUGCUUUAUUGACUUUUCCUUGUGCAGAGUGUGACGCGCUGGGGCCUGAGGGUGGGGAGGAGACAGAGGUGCUAGAGGGGCAAGAGGAUGUCAGCGAUGACGAUGAGUACUGUGUCAGCGAGCAUCUCCUCGACCUCCUUCGCUCGGAAUCCCUCGAGGGCAUCUUGCUCGUCGUGGCUCUCACAGACUGGGGCGGCAUCGGCAGACUCGGCAACGAAGCGCGUAUCAUGGCAGUCCAGACGAGCAGGCUGCUGUUACAGGACCUUGGGCUUGUUGCGCCUCCCCGAGAGCUUCAGCCGCGUCGGCAAGAAGGAGCGAUUGUGCCAUGGACGGUUCCUUCAGUGUCAAGCGAAUUUAAGAUGGAACUGCCCAACAAAGAGUCAAUGAGAAUGCCGUCUCGUCUCGCGUCUGCCCGGCCGGCGCCUAUUAGGCACUUCCCUUUCGACGACAUAGAGCGGCCCGCCGAGGUGCCGCCUGCUAGGGGCAGGGGGGCACAGAUGGUCGGACCAAACCAUUUUCUCGCCAGCGCCCCCCUGCACGCGCAGCAGGGGCGGAGGACGGCCACGAUCAACGAGGAGGAGCUUCUCCAUCAGCAGCUAUUCAGCCGUUUCACCCCGUCUGACGCGCAGGUGUGCCAGAGGGUGUGGGAGGUGAACGAGAAGAUCCUCACCAACCUGUCUCGCGCGGAUAUUCUCGAGCUGAGGGCCUCUCAGCGGCCUCACCGGUCUGUGCAGAAGGUCCUCUUUGCCGUCGGCAUCCUGCAGGGCGCCUGGCCGCUACAGUGCCCCCCCAACUGGUCUCUCUGUCGGACCACAGUGCUCGCAUCGCCCACCCUCCGGAUGGAGCUUCUCUUGUUCAACGUGAGCAAGACCAAGACCGCCCGCGUCGUCAAGGCCCACCGACUGACCAAAGAUUUGACCCUCGAGGAAGUGCGACGGAUCAGUCCUCCUGUCGGCGUGCUGCUCGAGUGGGUGCGGGCGAUCGUCACGGCACACGCGGGGCUUACGGGCAGCAACAGGAGUGAAAGCCGACGGGAGACGACGGCAGACAAGCGGCAGUUCCUGCAGCCCAAGCACGCCGUUCUGCGCAGCGAGGGGGCGCGAAUGCUUAAAGUGGCUCCCAAGACCCUCGAGCUCAAUGUGGAGGAGCCGCCAUCGCCCCGCUCGCCUCCCCGCCUCCCCGUACCGCCUGCGAGCGAUGCUGACAGCGUCUCUGUGACAGCGUCCUCCCUCCCAUCCCCUAUGAGGUCCACAGGGAGCGACAGGGUACCGCAGACACAGAGAGGCCGACAGUUCCCUUCGCGAGACAGAAGGCCAUCCAUCGUGCCUCCUAUCGCGUCGUUCCAAGGCCGCGACCCAAGACGGCCUUUCCCUAGUGUGGCGGCGUCGAUUCUCGCUGUCGACCCGCCAUACGUGUACAGGCAAACGGGCGGUGCUCUGUACAGGCAAACGGGCGGUGCUCUGAAAGACGCAGAAGACGCGGGGGACAAAGAGGGCGGUGACAGGUCGCCCUCGGGUGGGGAGGUGGUUGGCGAGGAGAAGGAUGAUACCGCCACGACAAGGAUGCUGCGGUCGAUCGUGCAGCAUUUUAGUGAACGGCGGCUGCAUCUCGAGGCCACCAUGGAGGGGAUCAAAAACGAUAUGCGCGAGAUGACAUCGGAAGAUAGACAUGCCGACUGAAAGACGCCUAGAUGUCGUUCGGUGCAGCAGCAUGUAUGUGUCAUGAGACAGUGCCGUGAGGGGGGGAGGAGGGGGGUGAAUGUGUGCUGGCUUGCAUUGCUUUGUAGCAGAUUUGUGGCCAAUUGGUGGAC